AUGUCUGAAACCGAAGGCUCUGCUGUCGAGGACAAGUUUUACUCCAUCGAGGAGGUCCAGAAACACAACACCACCGACGACUUGUGGAUUGUCUACAACGGUCAGGUGUACAAUGUCACUCCAUACUUGGAUGAGCACCCAGGUGGUGAAGAGGUGAUUGCCGAUGUUGCUGGCACUGAUGCCACCGAGGCCUUCAACGACAUUGGCCACUCGGACGACGCUCACGAUAUCUUGAAGGGUUUGAGACUCGGCAAGUUGGAAGGCGGCACCAUCAUCGAGGCCCAGGGUGUCACCUCUUCUGGCUCCACCGACGAGGUGCUGGGCAUCCCAUUCCCCUUGUUGGCUGCUGCCGUGUUUGCUUUGGCUGCCGGCGUGUACUUUUACCUCAACUAA